AUUCCAGACCAACAUGACGGGGAAACAGGGCGCCGUGCUGUCGGAAACUUUAAAUCUGCCGGAGAAAACCUCUCUGGCGACCGGAGGGAGCAACAGCCAGCAGCCGAAGAGCGGCGCCGCGCGCCCCCCGCCGCCCAGGUGCACCGGCUUCGGCAUCCAGGAGAUCCUGGGGCUCAACAAGGAGCCGUCCGCGGCCCCGAGGAGCCCGCUCAGCUCCCUGCCGCCCGGCGCGCACCUGAUCGCCGCCAGGUCCGUGCUGGGCCACGCCGGCGUGGGGGUGGGCGUCGGGAUGGGACUAAUCGGGCCCGGUGGGAUUCCGUCGUUUUACGCGCAGCCCGCGUUUCUGGAGACGGUUCUGUCGGAGGGACAGGAUGUCCACCUGCAGCCCCGCAGGACCGGGGGGCCGCUGGACACCAGCCAGUCCGCCAGCUCCGAUUCCGAGGAUUUAUCAUCAAAUGAACGAAAACUGUCAAAGUCAUCAGUAAAUCAGAGCAAGAAACGGAAGAAAAGGCGCCACCGGACUAUUUUCACCUCCUACCAGCUGGAGGAGCUGGAGAAGGCCUUCAAUGAGGCGCACUACCCGGAUGUUUACGCACGCGAGAUGCUGGCCAUGAAGACGGAGCUGCCCGAGGACAGAAUACAGGUCUGGUUCCAGAACCGCAGGGCCAAGUGGAGGAAGCGGGAGAAGUGCUGGGGCCGCAGCACCGUCAUGGCGGAGUACGGCCUGUACGGCGCCAUGGUGCGGCACUCCAUCCCUCUGCCGGAGUCCAUCCUCAAGUCCGCCAAGGACGGCAUCAUGGAGUCGUGCGCGCCCUGGCUGCUCGGGAUGCACAAAAAGUCCAUGGAGGGAGUAGCCGCCCCGCCCGCAGCAAAGUGCGAGGCGGCCCAGCAGCCCGGCUCUCAGAGGGCGGAAGACGCUGAGGCGGAGGAGCAGAGGUCAGAGGUCAAGUCCGGCAUUUCUAAAGAGGAGCUGAGGGAGAACAGCAUCGCGGCACUCAGGGCCAAAGCGCAGGAGCACAGCGCCAAAGUGCUGGGGACGGUUUCUCACGACAGGCCCCCGGAGGACGGGCGGGAGAGGCCGGCGGCCGAGGAGAGUCCGGAGGACGGGCGCAAGAGUCCGUAG